CCAAAUAUUAUACAUUUUCCCAUGCUGCCUAAUGAAAUCAGAAAUGCGCAAAUCCGACUUUUUGAUACUGCACAGUUUCCAAGGGUGCUGGGUUGCCUGGACUGUACACAUGUGAAAAUUCAAUCACUCGGUGGAGAGAAUGCAGAAUAUUUUAGAAAUCGGAAAGGAUAUUUUUCCAUAAAUGUGCAAGCAAUUUGUAACGCUAACUUAGAAUUAAUUGACCUAGUAGCCCGAUGGCAAGAAUCUGUGCAUGAUAGCACGAUAUUUAAUAAUUCAAGGACACGUGCGUUGUUUGAAGCUGGGACAUUCGAUGAUGCUAUUAUACUCGGUGACGGUGGUUAUGCUCUUCGGUCUUAUUUAAUGACGCCACUACAGAACCCUCGAACUCGGGCUGAAUAACUGUAUAAUGAAUCGCAAAUAAGAACACGUAAUACCAUCGAGCAUGUGUUUGGAAUUUGGAAGAGGAGAUUCCCAAUAGUAGCUCUAGGAUCCCGCUUCCAAACUAUCGAGAGGACUUUGCCAACUUCU